AUGGUUACCACACUCACUACGCGCCCCUUUUUUGAAAACGGACACUAUCACCGAUUCCUCCCAGUUGUCUGGGACAGAUUCCUUUUCCCAAGUGCAAGAAAACAGAUCAGACAAGCGCUGGCUGAGGAAUUCACCCCCAUCUUUGAACAAUGCAGGUGGAAGGUCAUCCGGACUGGGAGCUCGGUGGUGCUUAAGACAACAUAUGCAGUCAUAAACCUCCGAGGCCACAGGCGGUUCCACGUUCACCGUCCAGGGUUUUAUUUCACCUGUAGCUCUCCACAAUCCAAAGAGGGUGAAGAACCUCACCGUCGUGUGCUGAAUUUGGACUGGCUGCUCACAAUCAACCAUCAUCAUCAUCAUGAAUCAAGUCUAAAAAAUCGUUCAGCUGUAACACCCUUUAGGUGCCUAGCUGUCAUGCCACCUGAAGGAAGCACGAGGGCUGAGAUGUUGCCAGGUUGCCCAGACAAGGGAAGUCGAGAUGCAGAGGUCGGGCUUGGGCAACGUGGCAGUAUUCCGGCCCCCAUGCUUCCUUCGGGUGGCUUGGCAGUUAGGCACCGAAAGGGUGCUACAGCUGAACGGCUUUUUGGUUCGAUGAAGAAACUUCACAAAUGUAUCUCGUCUAGCGCACUCUCCGAAAUGUUGCAGCAAACGGAUACGGCUGUCAAGCGGCACAACUGUCUGAAUGAGCUAACUAUGCAAAGCCGCUUAAUGACUGAGGACGAAAACAGGAUCGGCAAGAAGAGCGAGUGGUUUCGGCUCAAUUUAACCGGACCUGUGAAAAAUUUCUCCCGCACCCUUUGUCAACUCACCUACAUCACCACACUCGUGAUAAAAAACAAUAACCUUGAACGACUACCUGCGGAGUUGGGUAAUUUGACUAACCUGGUCAACUUGGACGCGAGCUGUAACAAACUGCAAUCGCUUCCGGCCACCAUAGGCGAUCUGAUUGAACUGCGUGCGCUCAUCCUCAACGAUAACAAAAUUGUCGAUCUCCCUUUUGAAAUCGGACGGCUUCUGAACCUUCGGCAUUUUAAUCUGAAUGACAAUCCCCUGAGCACUCAGGUGAGCCAGUUGUACGGGGAUGGCUCGGACGGACAAAUUCGGUCAAUGAUCCGCUACUAUUUGGACUACUAUUGCGCUUGUAAUUUCAACACCGCCCCACCCCAACGUCAGUGGCGAAAACUGGAUGAGCUGAGCAAAGAUGGAUUCCCCUUCACUUUGAUGUGCUACAACCUACUCAGUCCCAACUAUGCUACUCCGAACCAGUAUCCCUACUGUCCAUCAUGGGCUCUCAACUGGGAUUAUCGGCGUCGAUCGAUAUUGGAUGAGAUCCGGAUCUAUCAUGCGAACAUCAUUUGUCUGCAGGAAGUGGAAACCAACCAGUUCGAGGAGAUUUUCAAACCGGAACUGGAGAAACUCAAGUACGACGCUGUAUUUUUGCCGAAGAGUCGGCGUCGCACGAUGGACACGAAAGAUGGGAAGAAAGUGGAUGGAUGUGCAAUAUUUUGGCAAACAGAUAAGUUCGAAAAACUUCACGAGUUUCAUCACGAAUUCAUGAUCUCCUGCUCGAACGUGUGUGAGAAACCGACUCCAUUGAUCCUAGAUCGAGUGAUGACUCGGGACAAUGUCGCACUGGGUGUAAUUUUUGAAACAAAAGGGUCCACAGGUGCCGAUGGGACAGGAGGACGCCAGUUCUGCGUGACCACCGGUCACAUUCACUGGGAUCCGGAGCACUCUGAUGUGAAGAUGAUUCAGACCAUUCUGUGGACCGCUGAACUCUGGGCGUAUAUUGAUCAGUUCUUGACCGGCUCUGUGGAAUCGUUGGAUCGGAGUUCCCCAACCAACUCGCGCAGCACACCAUUAUCUACCCGCCUGCCGGUUCCUGGUCCCUCCUCGCCCGCAGCCAAUAUGCCAGUUAUUUUGUGUGGGGAUUUGAAUUCUCUGCCUGAGUCCGGGGUUGUCGAGUUUCUGAUGCGUGGCAGUUUGCCCAAAACACAUAAUGACUUCCUCAACAAUGGAUUCAAAUACAUGUUCGAAGAUUGGCGGUUGUUGGAAAAGUGGGCCGUGGAUGGAGACACCCUACGCCAUCGUUUUGCUUUCGAUCGAGCCUAUCGCGAAUCGCAGGGAAUGAAACUGACGAAUUUCACCUACGAGUUCAAAGGUAUGAUCGAUUACGUGCUCUACACUCGCCAGCAUUUUCGACUGCUGGGCAGUCUCGAUCAGAUCCAUGAGUCUUGGUUCGCAGAAAGGAAGAUUGUCGGCUGUCCCCAUGUCCAUUUUCCUUCGGAUCACUUCGCUCUGUUGGUUGAGCUCGAGUUGAAACCUACACCACAAGUUAGUGGUCUAGUCGCUGCUCGUCGUUCCGCGCGCAACCGAUCUCACAGCGAAACAGCCUCUGAUCCAGGUCAAUCGAAACCGAACGCGUCCGUCGGUUCCAGUCCGUCCUCCCUUGCCGGGGGUUCAACACCUUACAAUCGAACCAGAGCUGAAAGUGUAGGAUUGGAGAGCAGCAGCGGUGGCGGUGGUAGCGGUAGCGCCGAUGGAGUCACUGGCUUUGCGGUCGCUCACAGUGGUAGUUCCAACAGCAAACAACGAAAACGCUAAUUGCCAAAUAAUUAUCACGUUGGACUCACGAAAACCGUGUGUCUUCACGUACACACAAACUUAUACCUUCUUCUUUCAUUCCCAUGUCCCCUUAUCACUCAACCACCCAUCCAUACGGACUCGUGCGAAUUGAUGAACCAAUCAACUUCUUUUUGAUGUGUUUCUCGUUUUCUGAACCUAACAAGACCUCUCUUACUAUUGCACGAUCAAAUAGUCCGCUGUCAUUUUCACCUUUUCCGCAUCUAGUCGACGCACCCACUAUUGUUAUUAAAUUUGUACCGGGUCCCUUAUGAACUCCGUCGCUGCUCUACACAUGAGUGCACAAUAUUUAUGAUCUCGUCUAAUAUCUCCAGUAAGGUCUGCCAAUCCCACACCGUCACCUUCGCUUGGCCUUGACAGUCUGAGCUUCUUUAUAAGUAUACCCCAUCCAGACCAGUCAUCCUCCAAUGCCAUAUUUGCUGCCCGUAUGAUUGGACGCAUGUUCGUGAGUGUUUCCCACAACCCUCCCUCAAAAUUGUACAUCUGUUUUAUCUGUUUCUCUCAUUCCAUUCUCCCCUUCGCCCUCUCUCUCAUGUACAAUCUUGUCUCCUUUCAGAAUCUUCUAUACCUACCUGUUUCCCGUUAUUAACCCAAUCAACACUAUCGUUCUAUGCUAUUUAGCGUGUAAAUAGGUUGACCUCACUACUCUUUUCCCCCAAUUCACUCGACCUUUUUGGCGCCUUUCCUGUUCUGCCGAAUCAGACCUGUUUGUUUAUCUCUCCUCUUUUCUUCUGAAGUUUCUGCACAUCUUUGUUUUUAUUCCGCUUCCUGACUGUCAACCAUUGGGAAGGGUCUUUUUUUGCUUUCCACUUCCCUGUCGCCAUGCACAGCGGAAACGCGCUCAUCCACCGUAGCCAUUUCUCUCAAAUCAUUUGCCAACACUCCAACUCCACAGGCAGCUUUUACCAACUGACUUACGUUUUGUGCGGUAUGCGCUUCCCGAAACUGUAUCUAAUAAACUCGUUCCUUGUUAUUAGUUAUUGUGUCCGUCUAAACCGUAUUCUUUUUACAUCCUCUCCCCCUCCACAAACGGACCUUCACCCGUGAUAUUACCCCAACAAGGUGGUAUCCACCUAUGUGAAUGCGUUUCUUCGUUCGUUCACCCGUUCGUUCCUUCCUUCCUUGGUUCUCAUUUCUCUUUAUUUUUUCCUUCGUUGUGGAAUUGCCACACUUAUAGUUCUUCUGUAUACGCACGAUCAGUUUUUCCCCACUCCGUCCCCAAAUCCAGGUUUUUCCGUCCCUCGUUCCACAGUUUGUCUCCUAUUCUCGCAGUUUAUUCGGUCUCUUUUCAUAGCAUUCGAUCCGACCUGACACUUGUGUGUCGAUGUACUUCAAUUAAGGACCAGACUGAAACUCCUAAUAAAAUUGUGUAAAAACAUCAAUAU